UCUGUUUCAAAUUCCUGGAUCCGCCACUGAUAGUAUUUUGUAAUUGUAUAUAUUAAGAUCAAAUAAUAGUAAGGAAUUUUUUUGUACCCUAUAUUCAUUUAGUCUCUAAUGAAUUUGUUGCCAUGUGCUAUGUAACUUCAUGGGCACAGUAUCGGCAAGGAGUCGGUAAGUUUACAAUCGAAAAUAUCGAUCCAUCUCUGUGUACCCAUGUCAUCUAUGCGUUUGCUACUAUUGAUGACGAUUUGCACAUAGCCGCUGCAGAGUGGAAUGACAUAUCCACGACAUGGUACGUAGGAAAUUAUGAGAAGCUUCAACAGCUAAAAAACAUUAACCCAGAGCUAAGGACGAUAUUAAGCGUCGGAGGGUAUACAUUAGGGUCCGAGAAAUUUACAGCACUAUCGUCUAACGAAGAGUUACGUGCAGAUUUUAUCCAGCACGCCAUCACGUUCCUGAGGGACAAUGAGUUCGAUGGGUUGCAAAUCGAUUGGCAGUUUCCAACAUUCGGAACAAGUCCUCCGGAAGAUAGGCAACGUCACACAUCCUUGCUUGAGGAAUUCGAAACAGCGUUUCGAAAGGAAUCGGAACUGCCCGGAAGGAGACGCCUUAUUCUAACUGCCAACGUUGCUGGAGAGAAAUACUAUGAAUCGGCCUAUGAAAUUAACAAAGUAUCAAGGGCUGUUGAUUAUUUAACAAUCCGUGCAUAUUCCCUACAAGAUCCUGCAGAAUUUAAAGCAAUCCAUCAUACCCCGCUCUACCCCGCUAUAGGGGACAGUGGUCAACAUGAAACUACGGAGUCUGUAAUAAAUUUGUGGAUUAAUGGAGGAGUCCAGUACUCUAAGAUUGUUCUCGGUAUAGCCACCUUUGCUCAGACAUUUACUUUAGCGAAUUCAAGCGAGUCGUAUGUCGGUGCGCCUACAAUUGGACUUGGUAAUCCUGGACCGGUUGUAAAUGAACCAGGAUUGCUAUCUUAUUAUGAAGUAUGUAUGCUUCUUAACGAUAGUGACAUUUACUUUGACGAUGAACAAAUGGCGACGUAUGCGGUUCUGGGAGAUCAGUGGAUUUCAUUUGACGAUCCUAAGAGCGUUGAAGAAAAGAUUGAAUGGGUUAAGCAGAACGGAUUCGCAGGAGUUGCUAUUUGGUCGAUGCCACUAGAUGAUUUUACAGGUAGCUCUUGCCACGACGGAGAAUUGCCUUUGAGCAGCACCGCCGUGGAUACACUGUUCACAGGCUCGUUGACACUUAUAAAUGGUUAUUCAAAUCGAGAAGGAAAUAUUAUAGUGAGGCAGAAUGGAACCUGGGGUUACGUAUGUAAUGAAAUCUGGACUCAAGAAAACGCGAACGUUGCUUGUAAACAGCUAGGGUAUACGGCCUCCGAAUCGAUUGGUUCUGUUCCGGUUUUUGAGAAAUUAACAGGCCUUUACUACCCGGUGAUUAUGAAUGAUAUCAAUUGUGAUGGCACAGAAACGAGGCUUGAUCAGUGCGCAUGGUCAGAGGCGACGAAUCACAGUUGUCAUCCAGUUUCCUUACGUUGCAAAAGCGAUGUACGAUUUAGAGAAAUUGAAAACGAAAGCCACCGAUUGCUGGAAAUAUACUGGAAUGGUAACUGGGGGUCAGUCUGCUCCACGGGAUGGACUAGCUUUAAUGCAGACGUGGUUUGUAGGAUGCUUGGCUUCCUAGGCUCUGAUUUAAACGACUGCUGUUCUUCGAAUCCAAUCACAAAAAACUCCAUAUACGUGGCGGAUGUCAAAUGUGAUGGCAAUGAAGACCAUAUUAAGAGUUGUCCACAUGCUAUUACUAGCGUGUGUGAGAGCAAUAAAGUCGUCGGAGUUAAAUGCAUUAUAGAUGAAUGUGAAUUUGGAUGGUCUUAUAUUGGAGGAAAAUGUGUUUAUAUUUCUUCACCGACGAAUGACAUAUUUCUUAACUGGACGGAUUCGAUGAAUUCGUGUUCUGAGGAUGAUGCUGAAUUGAUGAUAAUCAGAAAUGAGAAUGAACUAGAAGAACUUUAUAAUAAAAUCGUGUAUUUUUGGAUUGGCCUAAAUGAUGAAAUUGAAGAAAACGUAUUCCGAUGGGAAGACGGUACAAUCAGUACAUACGAUAACUGGCUUUCAGGCGAGCCUAACAAUUUAGGCUGUAAUAGAAAUUGCAUAGAUGCUAAUUGUGUUGCCAUGGAGAAUAAAGAAGGAUUCUGGGUUGACGAAAAAUGUACUAGGAGAAAUCGAUUUGUUUGUAAAUCAAAAGAUAGCAUAUUUAAUGGCACAAGUAACUGCAAAACAAAUUAUAAUGGUUACUGUUAUAUGGCGUCAAGAGUUGAGUUAUCGUGGCAUGAUGCGAGGAAGUAUUGUAACAAACGCAACGCUACACUAAGUAGUGUCAACGAUUUUGAAGAAGCAUUAUGGCUAGUUGAAUUAAUGAAGCGAAGAACUGAUUAUUGGACUGCUGUAAAUGAUAUUAAUGAGGAGAGUGUGUAUAGAGGAAAUAAUAACGUGCAAAUAGAAUAUCUCAAAUGGGCUAGUGACCAACCAGACGACAAAGGUAUCGAUGGCAACGGUUCUGACUGUGUAAUAUUCUUAACCAAACUAGAUGGAGAGAUGGAUGAUAUUGAGUGUCACAGACAACACGCCUGGCUUUGUGAAAGGCCCCACCGACAGACAGGAACCACGCCUGGGCCUAUAGACGAAGAAUCAGAAAAGGAUUUAUUUGCUGUAAAACUUAUUGUUUCUACUUGCUCAGCGGUAUUCAUACUCUUAUUAAUUUUGAUCGUCAUUGUUAUUAAACGACGCAAAUCAAAGCGUUCCGAACUGGCGGCGUUGGCUUACAAGAGGGAUGCACGAAAAACUUCACAUACUUACUUGCCCCACCCAAUGUUACAUCCAGCGGAGGAUUUUAAGGACAUGGAAAUACACAGAAAUAGAGUUACGAUAAAGAAGAAAAUUGGAGGUGGAGAAUUCGGCAAAGUGAUGAUGGGAUAUGUUGCGGGGAUACGCGGAAGUAGUGGCACCAUAAAAGUAGCGAUUAAGUGUUUACGCGAUAAUUCGGCCAGUAAAGACGACUUCUUGGACGAGAUUCAGUUAAUGAUCGAACUUGGAAAGCACCAAAAUAUCAUAAAGUUACUUGGGUGUGUGACGGUAGACCAACCUUACAUGGCUUUGUUUGAAUUCAUGCCGUACGGAGAUCUACUGCAAUUCCUUCGCAAGGCCCGAGAGGUAGGAUUUUACGUGACAAGCAUAUUGCCAUGUAAUACAUAUUUAUACCAUUCUCUGGCGUAACUCAAUCCCACGUUC